AUGCUCAGUAAUUUCCAGAAAUUGGUAAAAGAUACACAGAAUCUUUUAGAGCAGAACAAACAGAAACAGAAUGAUGAAAUUGAAUUCAGAAUUCAGAGCAACCUGAAAGCACUCAAAAUACUGGCAACAAAAAUAGAAGACGAUGGAGUUAGAAAUGAAGCACUAAAAACACUAUCUGGCUUGGGAUAUAAUGAAACAAGUAACGUAAAUAGAGCAUUUAGAAAUAGAAUCAACUCCAAGAUAAACAACAAGGUGGAAGAAAUCAAAUCAAACAUUGACGACCUGGUAGAAGAAGAAAUGUACCAAAAUAGCAAAAAACUACAGGAAAUGACCAACAAAUUCAACCAAACACUCUCAUAUGAUAAGAAAGCAUUAGAACAAACACUUAAUGUGUUUGACAAAAACACCAAGGAAUCUAAGAGUGCCACCAAGGCCAUCAUAGAAAAUGACAGCUUUAGUUCAUUUGGAUAUUUUACUAGCACACUCUUCAUUCUACUAAUAAUGUGGAUUAUUAUUGGAUGGUUAUAG